UCCAUAUAGUAAAUAGACAUUCCUGCAUUUUAUGUUGUCUUAUUUUGUCGUCAAAAUAUUUUUGUUAGGGAAUAUUACGGAUCUAGAUACCGUUAGCGUAUAUCUAUGGGCCAGCCAACGUUGAGCGCACACGCAGACGUUCCGCUGCCGCUAUACUCUGCUACAAUUUCCCCGAAGAUGGCGGCGAGCGGACGUGUUCACCUACUCUUACUGUUGAUGUCAGUGUCAUUCUGUCUGUGUACCCUUCAAGGAUUGAAAGUACCUAGCGGCAAUGGAAACGGACUGGGUAAUCAGCCAGUAAACCCUCCGGUUCCCGUUAAUAUUAUUGGAGCUCCCGGUCCAGUCAAUAACGUCCCAGUUGCUCCUGCUGUCGCGGCCAUGACGCAGCCUCGGAGGGCUACCGGGUGGAAGCUGGCCGAAGAGCAGUCCUGCAGGGACGACUUGACCCGGCUUUGUCCCAAACACACAUGGAGCAACAAUUUAGCUGUCCUGGAGUGUUUACAGGACAGAAAGGAGGAAACGGAGAUUGCUGUUGACUGCAACCAUUUGCUAUGGAACUACAAGCUGAACCUGACAAUGGAUCCCAAGUUUGAGUCUGUGGCCAUGGACAUCUGCAAGAGUACUAUCACUGAGAUUAAGGAGUGUUCGGAGGAGGAGCGUGGUAAGGGUUACCUGGUGUCCUGCCUGGUGGAUCACCGUGGUAACAUCACAGAGUACCACUGUCACCAAUACAUUACCAAGAUGACCUCCAUCAUCUUCUCGGACUACAGACUCAUCUGUGGCUUCAUGGACAAGUGUAGAGAGGACAUCAACACGCUACGCUGUGGAAGCAUCAGCUUCGGAGAGAAGGACAUCCAUUCACAGGGUGAGGUCAUAGCGUGUCUGGAGAAAGCCUUAGUCCGAGAGGCGGAGCAACAGGACCAGGCUCAUCCAAUCAGAGAGGAGUGUAAGAAGAGCAUCAUGCGAGUAGCGGAGCUGUCGUCAGACGACUUCCACCUGGACAGAUUCCUGUACUUCUCCUGCCGAGAGGACCGAGAACGCUUCUGCGAAAACACCCAAGCAGGAGAGGGCAAGGUCUACAAGUGUCUCUUCAGCCACAAGUUUGAGGAGGCCAUGUCUGAGAAGUGUCGAGAGGCCCUGACCACGCGUCAGAAGUUGAUAACCCAGGACUACAAGGUUAGCUACUCUCUGACCAAGGCCUGUAAGGCUGACCUCAGGAAGCAGCGCUGUAACCUGGACACCAACAUGCCCCGCGCUAGAGAGGCACGACUAUCAUAUCUGCUACUAUGCCUGGAGUCUGCUGUCCACAGGGGCCGUACAGUGUCUGAGGACUGCCAGGGGGAGAUGUCAGAGUACCGUAGGAUGCUGAUGGAGGAUUUCUCUCUGAGUCCAGAAAUAGUCCUCCACUGUCGAGGGGAGAUGGAGACCCGCUGCUCCGGGCUCCACAGGAAAGGACGUACCCUCCACUGUCUGAUGAGGGUGGGCCGAGGGGACAAGGGAGGCACGGUGGACGGACUCUGUCAGAGCGCGCUCCAGAGCUUGAUUCAGUCAGCUGAUCCUGGAUCAGACUACAGGAUAGACCGGGCCCUGAACGAAGCCUGUGAGUCUGUUAUCCAGACUGCCUGCAAACACAUCCGCAGCGGGGACCCCAUGAUCCUGUCUUGCCUGAUGGAGCACCUGUAUACAGAAAAGAUGGUGGAGGACUGUGAACGCAGACUACUGGAGCUGCAGUACUUCAUCUCUAGAGACUGGAAACUGGACCCCAUUCUGUAUCAGAAGUGCCAGGGUGACGCUGCCCGGCUGUGCCACACCCACGGCUGGAACGAGACCAGCGAGCUGAUGCCACCUGGGGCCGUGUUCUCGUGUCUCUAUCGCCAUGCCUACCGCACCGAGGAGCAGGGACGACGGCUAUCUCGUGACUGUAAGGUGGAGGUACAGAGGAUCCUCCACCAGAGGGCGCUAGAUGUGAAACUGGACCCUAAUCUCCAGAAGCGAUGUUUGACUGACCUGGGGAAGUGGUGCAGUGACAAGACUGGCACGGGACAGGAGUUGGAGUGUCUGCAGGACCACCUGGAAGACCUGCUGUCAGGGUGUGGAGAGGUGGUGGGCAACCUGACAGAGCUGCAGUCUGAGGUACACUAUCACUGUCUGCAUGAUGACCUGCUGUCAGGGUGUGGAGAGGUGGUGGGCAACCUGACAGAGCUGCAGUCUGAGGACAUCCAUAUUGAGGCCCUGCUGAUCCGGGCUUGUCAACCUGUCAUCCAGACUCACUGCCAUGAUGUAUCUGAUAACCAGGUGGAUACAGGGGAUCUGAUGGAGUGUCUGGUCCAGAACAAACACCAGAAGGAGAUGAACAGGAAGUGUACCGUGGGAGUUACACACUUCCAGCUGAUCCAGAUGAAGGACUUUCGUUUCUCCUACAAGUUCAAGAUGGCGUGUAAAGAGGACGUGCUCAAACUCUGCCCCAACAUCAAGAAGAAGGUGGAUGUAGUGAUCUGUCUCAGUACCACAGUGAGGAACGACACUCUGCAGGACGUCAAGGAGCAGCGCGUCUCUCUCAAGUGUCGGAAACAACUCAGAGUAGAGGAGCUGGAGAUGUCAGAGGACAUUCGUCUGGAACCUGAGUUGUAUGAGGUGUGUAAGACGGACAUCGGGAGGCUCUGCUCCAACGUGGUGUUCGGUAACGCUCAGAUGAUGGAGUGUUUAAAGGAGAGGAAGAAGCAGCUGUCUCAGCAGUGUCACCAGAGGGUGUUUCAACGACAGGAAGGAGAGAUGCUGGAUCCAGAACUGGACUACCAACUCAUGAGGGUCUGCAAGCAGAUGAUAAAGCGGUUCUGUACGGAUGUGGAUACUAAGAACAUGCUGCAGUGUCUGAAACAGAACAAGAACUCUGAACUGAUGGAUCCCAAAUGUAAACAGAUGAUCACCAAGAGACAGAUCACACAGAACACAGACUACAGGUUGAACCCAAUAUUGAGAAAGGCCUGUAAAGCAGACAUCCCUAAAUUCUGUCAGCCAAUCCUGAACAAGGCCAGUGAUGACAGUGAACUGGAGGGCCAGGUGAUUGGUUGUCUGAAGCUGAAAUACGCCGCCCAGCGUCUCUCUCCGGACUGUGAGGACCAGAUCAGAGUGAUCCUUCACGAGUCGGCGCUGGACUACAGACUGGACCCCCAGCUACAGAUCCACUGUGUUGAGGAGAUCCCCGGUCUGUGUGCGGAGGAGGCAGUGGCCCAGGAGCAGACGGGUCAGGUGGAGGAGUGUCUGAAGGCCAACCUGUUGAAGAUCAAACACGACUCGUGUAAGAAGGAGGUGCUGAACAUGUUGAAGGAGAGCAAGGCGGACGUCUUCGUUGAUCCUGUCCUCCACACGGCCUGCGCCCUCGACCUCAAACACCAGUGUGCUGCCGUCACGCCAGGCAGAGGACGACAGAUGUCAUGUCUACUGGCGUCUUUGCAGGAUAAGAGAGUCCGUCUGCAGCCAGAGUGUAAAAAGAGACUCCAGGACCGCAUGGACAUGUGGAGCUACGCUGCCAAGGUGGCGCCAGCAGAGGGUUUCUCAGACCUUGCCAUGCAGGUGAUGACCUCCCCCUCUAAGAACUACAUCCUGUUAAUAAUCUCUCUGGGGGUGAUUGUCCUCUUCCUGGUCGGCCUGCUGUGUGGACGAAUCACCAAGAGAGUCACCAGGGAACUAAAGGACAGGUAGAGAGAGGGGGGACGAAGGGACCUCCGGGGGACGAAGGGACCUCCGGGGGACGAAGGGACCUCCGGGGGACGAAGGGACCUCCGGGGGACGAAGGGACCUCCGGGGGACGAAGGGACCUCCGGGGGACGAAGGGACCUCCCUGGGACAGACGGACCUCCCUGGGACAGACGGACCUCCCUGGGACAGACGGACCUCCGGGGGAUGAAGGGACCUCCGGGGGAUGAAGGGACCUCCGGGGGAUGAAGGGACCUCCCUGGGACAGACGGACCUCCCUGGGACAGACGGACCUCCGGGGGACAGACGGACCUCCGGGGGACAGACGGACCUCCGGGGGACAAAGGGACCUCCGGGGGAGGGAUUUCCCUGGGACGAAGGGACCUCCCUGGGACAGACGGACCUCCGGGGGACGAAGGGACCUCCCUGGGACAGACGGACCUCCGGGGGACGAAGGGAUCUCCCUGGAACAGACGGACUUCCGGGGGAUGAAGGGACCUCCGUGGAACAGACUGACUCCCGAAUGGUACUAUUGCCUAUAUAGUGCACUACGUGUGACCAGAGCCCUCUGGGUGUCAUUCAUACCUGGACCUGACAUCACAGAACAAUGCCAAUGUUGUCGUUCCCUUGGUCCACUUCAUCAACUGGCUUUGUGUGAGAACUAACUCUAUAUGUCUCUGGUCAGAAGUAGUGCACUAUGUAGGGAACAGGGUGAGAGCUAACUGUAUAGGUCUCUGGUCAGAAGUAGUGCACUAUGUAGGGAACAGGGUGAGAACUAACUCUAUAGGUCUCUGGUCAGAAGUAAUGCACUAUGUAGGGAACAGGGUGAGAACUAGCUCUAUAGGUCUCUGGUCAGAAGUAGUGCACUAUGUAGGGAACAGGGUGAGAACUAACUCUAUAUGUCUCUGGUCAGAAGUAGUGUACUAUGUAGGGAACAGGGUGAGAACUAACUGUAUAGGUCUCUGGUCAGAAGUAGUGCACUAUGUAGGGAACAGGGUGAGAACUAACUCUAUAUGUCUCUGGUCAGAAGUAGUGCACUAUGUAGGGAACAGGGUGAGAACUAACUCGAUAGGUCUCUGGUCAGAAGUAUGGCACUAUGUAGGGAACAGGGUUCCAUUUGGAAGGCAAAAACAGACGGUCUCUUCCUAAGGCCCAACUAAAACCCCCAGCCCUGGCUUGGCCCAGCCACCUCCGCCCCUCUCCAGCCCUCCUACCACCCCCAGAGCCCCAGUCUGGGGGUCCGCCCGUAACCAGCCAAGCUCAACAGUGCCAGAGGAGCCAUGUUAGGACCCCCCCCACCAGAACCUGAUCCACUCCACUACUACUGAGAAGGUGCCCUGAACCACCUCCUGAAGCAGGAUACUGUUGGUCCUACUGGUCCUAAAACUGGCCCUGAACCUCCUCCUGAAGCAGGAUACUGUUGGUCCUACUGGCCCUGAACCACCUCCUGAAGCAGGAUACUGUUGGUCCUACUGGCCCUAAAACUGGCCCUGAACCUCCUCCUGAAGCAGGAUACUGUUGGUCCUACUGAUCCUAAAACUGGCCCUGAACCUCCUCCUGAAGCAGGAUACUGUUGGUCCUACUGGCCCUAAAACUGGCCCUGAACCUCCUCCUGAAGCAGGAUACUGUUGGUCCUACUGGUCCUAAAACUGGCCCUGAACCACCUCCUGAAGCAGGAUACUGUUGGUCCUACUGAUCCUAAAACUGGCCCUGAACCACCUCCUGAAGCAGGAUACCGUUGGUCCUACUGGUCCUAAAACUGGCCCUGAACCUCCUCCUGAAGCAGGAUACUGUUGGUCCUACUGAUCCUAAAACUGGCCCUGAACCUCCUCCUGAAGCAGGAUACUGUUGGUCCUACUGGUCCUAAAACUGGCCCUGAACCACCUCCUGAAGCAGGAUACUGUUGGUCCUACUGGCCCUAAAACUGGCCCUGAACCUCCUCCUGAAGCAGGUUACUGUUGGUCCUACUGAUCCUAAAACUGGCCCUGAACCUCCUCCUGAAGCAGGAUACUGUUGGUCCUACUGGUCCUAAAACUGGCCCUGAACCACCUCCUGAAGCAGGAUACUGUUGGUCGUACUGGCCCUAAAACUGGCCCUGAACCUCCUCCUGAAGCAGGAUACUGUUGGUCCUACUGGUCCUAAAACUGGCCCUGAACCACCUCCUGAAGCAGGAUACUGUUGGUUCUACUGGCCCUAAAACUGGCCCUGAACCUCCUCCUGAAGCAGGAUACUGUUGGUCCUACUGAUCCUAAAACUGGCCCUGAACCUCCUCCUGAAGCAGGAUACUGUUGGUCCUACUGAUCCUAAAACUGGCCCUGAACCUCCUCCUGAAGCAGGAUACUGUUGGUCCUACUGGCCCUAAAACUGGCCCUGAACCUCCUCCUGAAGCAGGAUACUGUUGGUCCUACUGGCCCUAAAACUGGCCCUGAACCCCCUCCUGAAGCAGGAUACUGUUGGUCCUACUGGUCCUAAAACUGGCCCUGAAUCACCUCCUGAUGCAGGAUACUGUUGGUCCUACUGGCCCUGAACCUCCUCCUGAAGCAGGAUACUGUUGGUCCUACUGGCCCUGAACCACCUCCUGAAGCAGGAUACUGUUGGUCCUACUGAUCCCAAAACUGGCCCUGAACCUCCUCCUGAAGCAGGAUACUGUUGGUCCUACUGAUCCUAAAGCUGGCCCUGAACCUCCUCCUGAAGCAGGAUACUGUUGGUCCUACUGAUCCCAAAACUGGUCCUGAACCUCCUCCUGAAGCAGGAUACUGUUGGUCCUACUGGCCCUAAAACUGGCCCUGAACCUCCUCCUGAAACAGGAUACUGUUGGUCCUACUGGCCCUAAAACUGGCCCUGAACCCCCUCCUGAAGCAGGAUACUGUUGGUCCUACUGGUCCUAAAACUGGCCCUGAAUCACCUCCUGAAGCAGGAUACUGUUGGUCCUACUGGCCCUGAACCUCCUCCUGAAGCAGGAUACUGUUGGUCCUACUGGCCCUGAACCACCUCCUGAAGCAGGAUACUGUUAGUCCUACUGGCCCUAAAACUGGCCAUGAACCACCUCCUGAAGCAGGAUACAGUUGGUCCUACUGGCCCUAAAACUGGCCCUGAACCUCCUCCUGAAGCAGGAUAGUGUUGGUCCUACUGAUCCUAAAACUGGCCCUGAACCACCUCCUGAAGCAGGAUACUGUUGGUCCUACUGAUCCUAAAACUGGCCCUGAACCUCCUUCUGAAGCAGGAUACUGUUGGUCCUCCUGAUCCUAAAACUGGCCCUGAACCUCCUCCUGAAGCAGGAUACUGUUGGUCCUACUGAUCCUAAAACUGGCCCUGAACCUCCUCCUGAAGCAGAAUACUGUUGGUCCUACUGGUCCUAAAACUGUCCCUGAACCUCCUCCUGAAGCAGGAUACUGUUGGUCCUACUGGCCCUAAAACUGGCCCUGAACCUCCUCCUGAAGCAGGAAACUGUUGGUCCUAUUGGUCCUAAAACUGGCCCUCAUCCUCCUCCUGAUGCAGGAUACUGUUGGUCCUACUGAUCCUAAAACUGGCCCUGAACCUCCUCCUGAAGCAGGAUACUGUUGGUCCUACUGGUCCCAAAACUGGCCCUGAACCUCCUCCUGAAGCAGGAUACUGUUGGUCCUACUGGCCCUGUACCACCUCCUGAAGCAGGAUACUGUUGAUCCUACUGGCCCUAAAACUGGCCCUGAACCUCCUCCUGAAGCAGGAUACUGUUGGUCCUACUGGCCCUGAACCGCCUCCUGAAGCAGGAUACUGUUGGUCCUACUGGUCCUAAAACUGGCCCUGAACCUCCUCCUGAAGCAGGAUACUUUUGGUCCUACUGGUCCUAAAACUGGCCCUGAUCCUCCUCCUGAAGCAGGAUACUGUUGGUCCUACUGGUCCUAAAACUGUCCCUGAACCUCCUCCUGAAUCAGGAUACUGUUGGUCCUACUGAUCCUAAAACUGGCCCUGAACGACCUCCUGAAGCAGGAUACUGUUGGUCCUACUGGUCCUAAAACUGGCCCUGAACCUCCUCCUGGAGCAGGAUACUGUUGGUCCUACUGGCCCUAAAACUGGCCCUGAACCUCCUCCUGAUGCAGGAUACUGUUGGUCCUACUGAUCCUAAAACUGGCCCUGAACCUCCUCCUGAAGCAGGAUACUGUUGGUCCUACUGAUCCUAAAACUGUCCCUGAACCUCCUCCUGAAGCAGGAUACUGUUGGUCCUAUUGGUCCUAAAACUGGCCCUGAUCCUCCUCCUAAUGCAGGAUACUGUUGGUCCUAUUGGUUCUAAAACUGGCCCUGAACCUCCUCCUGAAGCAGGAUACUGUUGGUCCUACUGGGUCUGAACCACCUCCUGAAGCAGGAUACUGUUGGUCCUACUGGUCCUAAAACUGGCCCUGAACCACCUCCUGAAGCAGGAUACUGUUGGUCCUAUUGGUCCUAAAACUGGCUCUGAUCCUCCUCCUGAAGCAGGAUACUGUUGGUCCUACUGGUCCUAAAACUGGCCCUGAACCUCCUCCUUAAGCAGGAUACUGUUGGUCCUACUGGGUCUGAACCACCUCCUGAACCAGGAUACUGUUGGUCCUACUGGUCCUAAAACUGGCCCUGAACCACCUCCUGAAGCGGGAUACUGUUGGUCCUACUGGCCCUAAAACUGGCCCUGAACCUCCUCCUGAAGCAAGAUACUGUUGGUCCUACUGAUCCUAAAACUGGCCCUGAACCUCCUCCUGAAGCAGGAUACUGUUGGUCCUACUGGCCCUGAACCACCUCCUGAAGCAGGAUACUGUUGGUCCUACUGCUCCUAAAACUGGCCCUGAACCUCCUCCUGAAGCAGGAUACUGUUGGUCCUACUGAUCCUAAAACUGGCCCUGAACGACCUCCUGAAGCAGGAUACUGUUGGUCCUACUGGUCCUAAAACUGGCCCUGAACCUCCUCCUGAAGCAGGAUACUGUUGGUCCUACUGAUCCUAAAACUGGCCCUGAACCACCUCCUGAUGCAGGAUACUGUUGGUCCUAUUGGUCCUAAAACUGGCCCUGAUCCUCCUCCUGAAGCAGGAUACUGUUGGUCCUACUGGCCCUAAAACUGGCCUUGAACCUCCUCCUGAAGUAGGAUACUGUUGGUCCUACUGAUCCUAAAACUGGUCCUGAACCUCCUCCUGAAGCAGGAUACUGUUGGUCCUACUGAUCCUAAAACUGGUCCUGAACCUCCUCCUGAAGCAGGAUACUGUUGGUCCUACUGAUCCUAAAACUGGCCCUGAUCCUCCUCCUGAUGAAGGAUACUGUUGGUCCUAUUGGUCCUAAAACUGGCUCUGAUCCUCCUCCUGAAGCAGGAUACUGUUGGUCCUACUGGUCCUAAAACUGGCCCUGAACCUCCUCCUUAAGCAGGAUACUGUUGGUCCUACUGGGUCUGAACCACCUCCUGAACCAGGAUACUGUUGGUCCUACUGGUCCUAAAACUGGCCCUGAACCACCUCCUGAAGCGGGAUACUGUUGGUCCUACUGGCCCUAAAACUGGCCCUGAACCUCCUCCUGAAGCAAGAUACUGUUGGUCCUACUGAUCCUAAAACUGGCCCUGAACCUCCUCCUGAAGCAGGAUACUGUUGGUCCUACUGGCCCUGAACCACCUCCUGAAGCAGGAUACUGUUGGUCCUACUGCUCCUAAAACUGGCCCUGAACCUCCUCCUGAAGCAGGAUACUGUUGGUCCUACUGGUCCUAAAACUAGCCCUGAUCCUCCUCCUGAAGAAGGAUACUGUUGGUCCUACUGGUCCUAAAACUGGCCCUGAACCACCUCCUGAAGCAGGAUACUGUUGGUCCUACUGAUCCUAAAACUGGCCCUGAACGACCUCCUGAAGCAGGAUACUGUUGGUCCUACUGGUCCUAAAACUGGCCCUGAACCUCCUCCUGAAGUAGGAUACUGUUGGUCCUACUGAUCCUAAAACUGGCCCUGAACCACCUCCUGAAGCAGUAUGCUGUUGGUCCUACUGGCCCUAAAACUGGCCCUGAACCUCCUCCUGAAGCAGGAUACUGUUGGUCCUAUUGGCUUUGAACCUCCUCCUGAAGCAGGAUACUGUUGGUCCUACUGAUCCUAAAACUGGCCCUGAACCACCUCCUGAAGCAGGAUACUGUUGGUCCUACUGGUCCUAAAACUGGCCCUGAACCAUCUCCUGAAGCAGGAUACUGUUGGUCCUAAAACUGGCCCUGAACCACCUCCUGAAGCAGGAUACUGUUGGUCCUACUGGUCCUAAAACUGGCCCUGAACCUCCUCCUGAAGCAGGAUACUUUUGGUCCUACUGGUCCUAAAACUGGCCCUGAUCCUCCUCCUGAAGCAGGAUACUGUUGGUCCUACUGGUCCUAAAACUGUCCCUGAACCUCCUCCUGAAUCAGGAUACUGUUGGUCCUACUGAUCCUAAAACUGGCCCUGAACGACCUCCUGAAGCAGGAUACUGUUGGUCCUACUGGUCCUAAAACUGGCCCUGAACCUCCUCCUGGAGCAGGAUACUGUUGGUCCUACUGGCCCUAAAACUGGCCCUGAACCUCCUCCUGAUGCAGGAUACUGUUGGUCCUACUGAUCCUAAAACUGGCCCUGAACCUCCUCCUGAAGCAGGAUACUGUUGGUCCUAUUGGCUUUGAACCUCCUCCUGAAGCAGGAUACUGUUGGUCCUACUGAUCCUAAAACUGGCCCUGAACCACCUCCUGAAGCAGGAUACUGUUGGUCCUACUGGUCCUAAAACUGGCCCUGAACCAUCUCCUGAAGCAGGAUACUGUUGGUCCUAAAACUGGCCCUGAACCACCUCCUGAAGCAGGAUACUGUUGGUCCUACUGGUCCUAAAACUGGCCCUGAACCUCCUCCUGAAGCAGGAUACUUUUGGUCCUACUGGUCCUAAAACUGGCCCUGAUCCUCCUCCUGAAGCAGGAUACUGUUGGUCCUACUGGUCCUAAAACUGUCCCUGAACCUCCUCCUGAAUCAGGAUACUGUUGGUCCUACUGAUCCUAAAACUGGCCCUGAACGACCUCCUGAAGCAGGAUACUGUUGGUCCUACUGGUCCUAAAACUGGCCCUGAACCUCCUCCUGGAGCAGGAUACUGUUGGUCCUACUGGCCCUAAAACUGGCCCUGAACCUCCUCCUGAUGCAGGAUACUGUUGGUCCUACUGAUCCUAAAACUGGCCCUGAACCUCCUCCUGAAGCAGGAUACUGUUGGUCCUACUGAUCCUAAAACUGUCCCUGAUCCUCCUCCUGAAGCAGGAUACUGUUGGUCCUAUUGGUCCUAAAACUGGCCCUGAUCCUCCUCCUAAUGCAGGAUACUGUUGGUCCUAUUGGUUCUAAAACUGGCCCUGAACCUCCUCCUGAAGCAGGAUACUGUUGGUCCUACUGGGUCUGAACCACCUCCUGAAGCAGGAUACUGUUGGUCCUACUGGUCCUAAAACUGGCCCUGAACCACCUCCUGAAGCAGGAUACUGUUGGUCCUAUUGGUCCUAAAACUGGCUCUGAUCCUCCUCCUGAAGCAGGAUACUGUUGGUCCUACUGGUCCUAAAACUGGCCCUGAACCUCCUCCUUAAGCAGGAUACUGUUGGUCCUACUGGGUCUGAACCACCUCCUGAACCAGGAUACUGUUGGUCCUACUGGUCCUAAAACUGGCCCUGAACCACCUCCUGAAGCGGGAUACUGUUGGUCCUACUGGCCCUAAAACUGGCCCUGAACCUCCUCCUGAAGCAAGAUACUGUUGGUCCUACUGAUCCUAAAACUGGCCCUGAACCUCCUCCUGAAGCAGGAUACUGUUGGUCCUACUGGCCCUGAACCACCUCCUGAAGCAGGAUACUGUUGGUCCUACUGCUCCUAAAACUGGCCCUGAACCUCCUCCUGAAGCAGGAUACUGUUGGUCCUACUGGUCCUAAAACUAGCCCUGAUCCUCCUCCUGAAGCAGGAUACUGUUGGUCCUACUGGUCCUAAAACUGGCCCUGAACCUCCUCCUGAAGCAGGAUACUGUUGGUCCUACUGAUCCUAAAACUGGCCCUGAACGACCUCCUGAAGCAGGAUACUGUUGGUCCUACUGGUCCUAAAACUGGCCCUGAACCUCCUCCUGAAGUAGGAUACUGUUGGUCCUACUGAUCCUAAAACUGGCCCUGAACCACCUCCUGAAGCAGUAUACUGUUGGUCCUACUGGCCCUAAAACUGGCCCUGAACCUCCUCCUGAAGCAGGAUACUGUUGGUCCUAUUGGCUUUGAACCUCCUCCUGAAGCAGGAUACUGUUGGUCCUACUGAUCCUAAAACUGGCCCUGAACCACCUCCUGAAGCAGGAUACUGUUGGUCCUACUGGUCCUAAAACUGGCCCUGAACCAUCUCCUGAAGCAGGAUACUGUUGGUCCUAAAACUGGCCCUGAACCACCUCCUGAAGCAGGAUACUGUUGGUCCUACUGAUCCUAAAACUGGCCCUGAACCACCUCCUGAAGCAGGUUUCUUUUGGUCCUACUGGCCCUGAACCACCUCCUGAAGCAGGAUACUGUUGGUCCUACUGGCCCUAAAACUGGCCCUGAACCUCCUCCUGAAGCAAGAUACUGUUGGUCCUACUGAUCCUAAAACUGGCCCUGAACCACCUCCUGAAGCAGGAUACUGUUGGUCCUACUGGCCCUAAAACUGGCCCUGAACCUCCUCCUGAAGCAGGAUACUGUUGGUCCUACUGGCCCUGAACCUCCUCCUGAAGCAGGAUACUGUUGGUCCUACUGGCCCUGAACCACCUCCUGAAGCAGGAUACUGUUGGUCCUACUGGCCCUGAACCACCUCCUGAAGCAGGAUACUGUUGGUCCUACUGGUCCUAAAACUGGCCCUGAACCUCCUCCUGAAGCAAGAUACUGUUGGUCCUACUGAUCCUAAAACUGGCCCUGAACCUCCUCCUGAAGCAGGAUACUGUUGGUCCUAAAACUGGCCCUGAACCUCCUCCUGAAGCAGGAUACUGUUGGUCCUACUGAUCCUAAAACUGGCCCUGAACGACCUCCUGAAGCAGGAUACUGUUGGUCCUACUGGUCCUAAAACUGGCCCUGAACCUCCUCCUGAAGCAGGAUACUGUUGGUCCUACUGAUCCUAAAACUGGCCCUGAACCACCUCCUGAUGCAGGAUACUGUUGGUCCUAUUGGUCCUAAAACUGGCCCUGAUCCUCCUCCUGAAGCAGGAUACUGUUGGUCCUACUGGCCCUAAAACUGGCCCUGAACCUCCUCCUGAAGUAGGAUACUGUUGGUCCUACUGAUCCUAAAACUGGUCCUGAACCUCCUCCUGAAGCAGGAUACUGUUGGUCCUACUGAUCCUAAAACUGGUCCUGAACCUCCUCCUGAAGCAGGAUACUGUUGGUCCUACUGAUCCUAAAACUGGCCCUGAUCCUCCUCCUGAUGAAGGAUACUGUUGGUCCUAUUGGUCCUAAAACUGGCUCUGAUCCUCCUCCUGAAGCAGGAUACUGUUGGUCCUACUGGUCCUAAAACUGGCCCUGAACCUCCUCCUUAAGCAGGAUACUGUUGGUCCUACUGGUUCUGAACCACCUCCUGAACCAGGAUACUGUUGGUCCUACUGGUCCUAAAACUGGCCCUGAACCACCUCCUGAAGCGGGAUACUGUUGGUCCUACUGGCCCUAAAACUGGCCCUGAACCUCCUCCUGAAGCAAGAUACUGUUGGUCCUACUGAUCCUAAAACUGGCCCUGAACCUCCUCCUGAAGCAGGAUACUGUUGGUCCUACUGGCCCUGAACCACCUCCUGAAGCAGGAUACUGUUGGUCCUACUGCUCCUAAAACUGGCCCUGAACCUCCUCCUGAAGCAGGAUACUGUUGGUCCUACUGGUCCUAAAACUAGCCCUGAUCCUCCUCCUGAAGAAGGAUACUGUUGGUCCUACUGGUCCUAAAACUGGCCCUGAACCACCUCCUGAAGCAGGAUACUGUUGGUCCUACUGAUCCUAAAACUGGCCCUGAACGACCUCCUGAAGCAGGAUACUGUUGGUCCUACUGGUCCUAAAACUGGCCCUGAACCUCCUCCUGAAGUAGGAUACUGUUGGUCCUACUGAUCCUAAAACUGGCCCUGAACCACCUCCUGAAGCAGUAUACUGUUGGUCCUACUGGCCCUAAAACUGGCCCUGAACCUCCUCCUGAAGCAGGAUACUGUUGGUCCUAUUGGCUUUGAACCUCCUCCUGAAGCAGGAUACUGUUGGUCCUACUGAUCCUAAAACUGGCCCUGAACCACCUCCUGAAGCAGGAUACUGUUGGUCCUACUGGUCCUAAAACUGGCCCUGAACCAUCUCCUGAAGCAGGAUACUGUUGGUCCUAAAACUGGCCCUGAACCACCUCCUGAAGCAGGAUACUGUUGGUCCUACUGAUCCUAAAACUGGCCCUGAACCUCCUCCUGAAGCAGAAUACUGUUGGUCCUACUGAUCCUAAAACUGGCCCUGAACCUCCUCCUGAAGCAGGAUACUGUUGGUCCUACUGAUCCUAAAACUGGCCCUGAACCUCCUCCUGAAGCAGGAUACUGUUGGUCCUACUGGUCCUAAAACUGGCCCUGAACCUCCUCCUGAAGCAGGAUACUGUUGGUCCUACUGGCCCUGAAACUGGCCCUGAACCUCCUCCUGAAGCAGAAUACUGUUGGUCCUACUGGUCCUAAAACUGGCCCUGAACCUCCUCCUGAAGCAGGAUACUGUUGGUCCUACUGGUCCUGAACCUCCUCCUGAAGCAGGAUACUGUUGGUCCUACUGGCCCUAAAACUGGCCCUGAACCUCCUCCUGAAGCAGGAUACUGUUGGUCCUACUGGUCCUAAAACUGGCCCUGAACCACCUCCUGAAGCAGGAUACUGUUGGUCCUACUGGCCCUAAAACUGGCCCUGAACCUCCUCCUGAAGCAGGAUACUGUUGGUCCUACUGAUCCUAAAACUGGCCCUGAACCUCCUCCUGAAGCAGGAUACUGUUGGUCCUACUGGUCCUAAAACUGGCCCUGAUCCUCCUCCUGAAGCAGGAUACUGUUGGUCCUACUGGUCCUAAAACUGGCCCUGAACCUCCUCCUGAAGCAGGAUACUGUUGGUCCUACUGGCCCUGAACCACCUCCUGAAGCAGGAUACUGUUGGUCCUACUGGCCCUGAACCUCCUCCUGAAGCAGGAUACUGUUGGUCCUACUGAUCCUAAAACUGUCCCUGAACCACCUCUUGAAGCAGGAUACUGUUGGUCCUACUGAUCCUAAAACUGGCCCUGAUCCUCCUCCUGAAGCAGGAUACUGUUGGUCCUACUGGCCCUAAAACUGUCCCUGAACCACCUCCUGAAGCAGGAUACUGUUGGUCCUACUGAUCCUAAAACUGGCCCUGAACCUCCCCCUGAAGCAGGAUACUGUUGGUCCUACUGGCCCUGAACCACCUCCUGAAGCAGGAUACUGUUGGUCCUACUGGCCCUAAAACUGUCCCUGAACCUCCUCCUGAAGCAGGAUACUGUUGGUCCUACUGAUCCUAAAACUGUCCCUGAACCUCCUCCUGAAGCAGGAUACUGUUGGUCCUACUGGCCCUAAAACUGGCCCUGAACCUCCUCCUGAAGCAGGAUACUGUUGGUCCUACUGAUCCUAAAACUGGCCCUGAACCUCCUCCUGAAGCAGGAUACUGUUGGUCCUACUGGCCCUGAACCACCUCCUGAAGCAGGAUACUGUUGGUCCUACUGGCCCUGAUCCUCCUCCUGAAGCAGGAUACUGUUGGUCCUACUGGUCCUAAAACUGGCCCUGAACCUCCUCCUGAAGCAGGAUACUGUUGGUCCUACUGGCCCUGAACCACCUCCUGAAGCAGGAUACUGUUGGUCCUACUGGCCCUGAACCUCCUCCUGAAGCAGGAUACUGUUGGUCCUACUGAUCCUAAAACUGUCCCUGAACCACCUCUUGAAGCAGGAUACUGUUGGUCCUACUGAUCCUAAAACUGGCCCUGAUCCUCCUCCUGAAGCAGGAUACUGUUGGUCCUACUGGCCCUAAAACUGUCCCUGAACCACCUCCUGAAGCAGGAUACUGUUGGUCCUACUGAUCCUAAAACUGGCCCUGAACCUCCCCCUGAAGCAGGAUACUGUUGGUCCUACUGGCCCUGAACCACCUCCUGAAGCAGGAUACUGUUGGUCCUACUGGCCCUAAAACUGGCCCUGAACCUCCUCCUGAAGCAGGAUACUGUCGGUCCUACUGAUCCUAAAACUGUCCCUGAACCUCCUCCGGAAGCAGGAUACUGUUGGUCCUACUGGCCCUGAACCUCCUCCUGAAGCAGGAUACUGUUGGUCCUACUGGCCCUGAACCUCCUCCUGAAGCAGGAUACUGUUGGUCCCACUGAUCCUAAAACUGGCCUUGAACCUCCUCCUGAAGCAGGAUACUGUUGGUCCUACUGGUCCUAAAACUGGCCUUGAUCCUCCUCCUGAAGCAGGAUACUGUUGGUCCUACUGAUCCUAAAACUGACCCUGAAGGGUAUACAGUAGGGUACCCUUUACGCUAUGGGCCCUGGUCAGCAGUAGUGUACCCUUUACCCUAUGGGCCCUGGUCAACAGUAGUGUACCCUUUACCCUAUGGGCCCUGGUCAACAGUAGUGUACCCUUUACCCUAUGGACCCUGGUCAACAGUAGUGUACCCUUUACCCUAUGGGCCCUGGUCAACAGUAGUGUACCCAUUACCCUAUGGGCCCUGGUCAACAGUAGUGUACCCUUUACCCUAGGGGCAGUAGUGUACCCUUUACCCUAUGGGCCCUGGUCAACAGUAGUUUACCCUUUACCCUAUGGGCCCUGGUCAACAGUAGUGUACCCUUUACCCUAUGGGCCCUGGUCAACAGUAGUGUACCCUUUACCCUAUGGGCCCUGGUCAACAGUAGUGUACCCUUUACCCUAUGGGCCCUGGUCAACAGUAGUGUACCCUUUACCCUAUGGGCCCUGGUCAACAGUAGUGUACCCUUUACCCUAUAGGCCCUGGUCAAUAGUAGUGUACCCUUUACCCUAUAGGCCCUGGUCAAUAGUAGUGUACCCUUUACCCUAUAGGCCCUGGUCAACAGUAGUGUACCCUUUACCCUAUGGGCCCUGGUCAACAGUAGUGUACCCUUUACCCUAUGGGCCCUAGUCAACAGUAGUGUACCCUUUACCCUAUGGGCCCUGGUCACAGUAGUGUACCCUUUACCCUAUGGGCCCUGGUCACAGUAGUGUACCCUUUACCCUAUGGACUCUGGUCAACAGUAAUGUACCCUUUACCCUAUGGGCCCUGGUCAAUAGUAGUGUACCCUUUACCCUAUGGGCCCUGGUCAAUAGUAGUGUACCCUUUACCCUAUGGGCCCUGGUCAACAGUAGUGUACCCUUUACCCUAUGAGCCCUGGUCAAUAGUAGUGUACCCUUUACCCUAUGGGCCCUGGUCAACAGUAGUGUACCCUUUACCCUAUGGGCCCUGGUCACAGUAGUGUACCCUUUACCCUAUGGGCCCUGGUCAACAGUAGUGUACCCUUUACCCUAUGGGCCCUGGUCAACAGUAGUGUACCCUUUACCCUAUGGGCCCUGGUCAACAGUAGUGUACCCUUUACCCUAUGGGCCCUGGUCAACAGUAGUGUACCCUUUACCCUAUGGGUCCUAGUCAACAGUAGUGUACCCUUUACCCUAUGGGCCCUGGUCAACAGUAGUGUACCCUUUACCCUAUGGGCCCUGGUCAACAGUAGUGUACCCUUUACCCUAUGGGCCCUGGUCAACAGUAGUGUACCCUUUACCCUAUGGGCCCUGGUCAAUAGUAGUGCACCCUUUACCCUAUGGGCCCUGGUCAACAGUAUUGUACCCUUUACCUUAUGGGCCCUGGUCAAUAGUAGUGCACCCUUUACCCUAUGGGCCCUUUUCAACAGUAGUGUACCCUUUACCCUAUGGGCCCUGGUCAAUAGUAGUGUACCCUUUACCCUAUGGGCCCUGGUCAACAGUAGUGUACCCUUUACCCUAUGGGCCCUGGUCAACAGUAGUGUACCCUUUACCCUAUGGGCCCUGGUCAAUAGUAGUGCACCCUUUACCCUAUGGGCCCUGGUCAACAGUAGUGUACCCUUUACCCUAUGGGCCCUGGUCAACAGUAGUGUACUCUUUACCCUAUGGGCCCUGGUCAAUAGUAGUGUACCCUUUACCCUAUGGACCCUGGUCAACAGUAGUGCACAGCAGUCGUGCACAGCAGUAGUGCACAACAGUAGUGCACAGUAGGGAUGGUGUUAGAGUGGAGGGGGUUUUCAGAAAGGUUUCCCCAUCUUUUAAUUAGGAAUCAGAUGGUGUUAGAGUGGAGGGAGGUUUUUUCUCUGUUGAUGCUGUCAUCUAGAUGAUCUGCCGUAUCCAGUUGAAAUGAAUCCAUGUUACAGCGCGUGUUGACGGACCACCGAGACACCACCUGUGCUAAUUAGAUAUCUAGCAUGCGCCUAACACCUGUGUGUAAUGGAAGCAGGCCGCCAGGAAACAUGCUGUCACUGAAAUAUACUGUCGGCUGCAACUGUGAUAGAGCUGCUCAAAGCCGUGUACAAAAUACUCAAUUGUCAUACUUGAGUAACAGUAAAGAUACCUUAAUAGAUAAUGACUCAAGUAAAAGUGAAAGUCACCCAGUAAAAUACUACUUGAGUAAAAGUAUUUGGUUUUAAAUAUACAUAAGUAUAAAAGUAAAUAUAAUUGCUAAAAUAUACUUAAGUAUCAAAAGUAAAAGUAUAAAUAAUUUUAAAUUAUUUCAUUUUAAGCAAACCAGACGGCAGCAUUUUCUUGUUUUUUUUAAUUUAUUUACAGACAUAAUUUACAAACUAAGCAUGUGUGUUUAGUGAGUCCACCAGAUCAGAGGCAGUAGGGAGGACCAUGUUCUCUUGAUUAGUAUAUAAAUUAGACCAUUUUUCCUGUCCUGCUAAGCAUUCAAAAUGUACUUUUGGGUGUCAAGGGAAAUGUAUGGAGUAAAAAGGUACAUUUUCUUUCGGAAUGUAGUGACGUAAAAGUUGUAAAAAUAUAAAUAAAGUACAGAUACCCGAAAAACUACUUAAGUAGUACUUUAAAGUAUUUUUACUUAAGUACUUUACACCACUGGUGUACAGUACAUGGGUAUUUUGCAUUUGUGAAAUUAUUUCGAUGUGAUAUGAAAGUAAAGGGGUUUAUGUUUCUAGAACUGUAUCGCAUUUGAGAAUCUGAUUCAUGUUUAUGGAGGAGUUUUGUCGUCCAGAGCCAGUCUACCUCUGAACAUAACAUAAGGGCCUUGGACCCUAAAGAGUAACAUUAGGCCCCUUAAGAGGUCAUCUUGGCCUAGAACUGGCCCUGUUGUCAAUCUGGCACCACCAUCCUCCACAUCUCAACCCUGGAACAGAGUGAAACGAGGGGAGAGUCUGGACACCGAGGCCCUCCGUGUGAGACCGUUUGGACAGUAUGAGAGGGACACCAAGCACCUCUGCUCUCCGGGAGCCAGAGGACCUUCCUACUGCUUCAGCAACACUUGGACGCCCCGCUCUAUUCCUUUAAAAAGUUUGUCCUUCCUCCUGUCUGUUUUUGUCGCUUUGAAGUGAGACUUCUUUGGAACAGACUGAUGAUGAUGAUGAUGAUGACCAGUUUUUGUAAUUUUCUUUGUGUAUAAAGUUAUGGAUCUGCUGUUAUAGUUUUUGUUCAGAUUAUGCCACGAUGUAAUAUUGAGAUUUUACAUCGUGCUUUUUUUUUUGCUGUACAGAUGAACAUUUUGUCAGUUUAAUAAAAUUGUCUGCAGAUUUUUA